GAGUGGAGGCCCAGUAAAAGAAGUUGAUUUUUGCUGUGAACAGCAAUAUCGUCUCCUCUCGAUUAUCCAUCCAUGGGCACCAUUACAUUUACUACUACUGCUUUUGCUACCAGAAUUGGCUGCCAUCUUCAAACCUCCAACUUCAACCUCACUUUCUUCCCUUCCAACCUCUCAACCUCCGCUCUCCUGAAGCAUUCAUCACCUACAAUGUCCGCCAAUUCUCUCCAAGUCAACGCUUCCUCCGCCAUUGAUGUUCCAAGUGAAGAAUUGGGGGCUUCAUCUAGGGGUAACAUUGGAGCGAACGACCUGCUGAUUGUUGGACCUGGUGUGCUUGGUCGUUUAGUGGCUGAAAAAUGGAGAGAGGAAUACCCAGGCUGUCAGAUAUAUGGGCAGACAGUGACGACCAAUCACCAUGAUGAACUCAUUAAAUUGGGAAUUAAUCCAUCUUCCAAACAAACCAAGCUGACUUACAAGUUCCCUUAUGUUAUAUUCUGUGCUCCUCCAUCUCAGACUGAAGACUACGCUGGUGACAUUAGGGAGGCUGCAUUAAAUUGGAAUGGUGAAGGUUCCUUCCUAUUUACUUCAAGCUCUGCACCAUAUGACUGCUUUGACAAUGGAGCAAUAAACGAGGAUGGCCCCGUAGUACCAAUUGGGAGGAGUGCUAGAACCGAUGUACUUCUCAAGGCAGAGAAAGUAGUGCUGGACUUUGAUGGCUGUGUAGUUAGAUUGGCUGGCCUUUACAAAGCAGAUAGAGGUGCACAUAUAUACUGGUUACAUAAAGGGAGCUGUGAUAUUCGCCCCGACCACAUCCUCAAUCUUAUUCAUUAUGAGGAUGCAGCUUCAUUGUCAGUUACCAUCUUGAAGAAGAGACUUCGUGGUCGGAUCUUUUUGGGCUGUGACAACCACCCUGUAUCCAGGCAGGAAGUGAUGGACUUAGUCGAGAAAAGUGGAAAGUUUGAUAAGAAGUUUGAGGGUUUCACAGGAACUAGUGAUCCUUUAGGGAAGAAGUUAAACAACUCAAAGACUCGUGCUGAACUAGGAUGGGAGCCCAAAUAUCCAAGCUUUGCUCAGUUCCUUGGAGUUUCAGAAUAAUUGCUGCUACAUCUAUAACCUCUUCGAAUAAUUGAAGUAAUUAGGUCCAUUUUCACAUUUACUUUUUGAUGCAAGCAUGCAUUAUGCUGCUUUCAUAUUCAUACUAAAACUACAGGAUCCUUUUUUGUGUGUAUUUAGCUACAAUCUGUGACUAGUAUAUAUAGCACAUUAUGGGAUUGGUAUCUAUGUACAGCCUCUACUGCAAUUUUUCAUUCCAAUAGCUCGAAUUCAAAACCUC